CCUGGGAGUGUGCACUACAAGGUCUCUGCGUGUGUGCUAUGGGUGUCUGGGAGUGUUUGUGUUGUUAUAGGGUGCCCGGGAAUGUGUGUGCGCACUGUGUUCAUAAAGGGUGCACGGGAAUGUGUGUGUGCACUACAGGGUGCCUCGGAGUGUGUGCUAGAGGAGAGUCAAUUUAUCCGUUGUAAAGGAGAUCCAGGCAGAGUGAGAGAGAUUGAGAGAAGGCCCCUCCCAGACUGUGAAUAUCCCCUGUGAGUACAAUGGGACAGCACAAAGUAAAGACUACUUGGAAGCCAAUGAGGAAGUUACAGUUAUUUUUGUAACCAUGGAAGAGAAUGUACCCGAGGCAGCUGCUGUGCCCCAAAUUCUAGAGUCAGUGAAGGAGAACCUGUGCUUCACUGGCUUUUUGAGGAAGAGGAAGGAUACUAUGAAAUUUACGUGGGCAAAAUAUUGGUUUAAGCUGCAAAAUACAACUCUCUAUUUCUAUACCAGUCAGGAGGCGCAUGAAUCAUCCCUGAGAGGCCAGUAUUACAUGGGCAGUGUGCAGUCUGUACGGAGAGUCUCAGUCACAGAUGUGGAAUAUCCUUUUGAGAUUGUCAUGAAAACAGGGAAAAGGAAAAUUCUGGCUGCUGACACAGCUGAUUUGCGUGAUGUGUGGAUGGAGUUUCUGUGGAAAUCGAUGCAGUUACCAGGGCCGGGCAGACUUAAUUCCUCUUGCACAUGGUUCGAUAUACCCAGCCUAUUGGAAAGAGCAAGUUCGACAUCGGGUGAGGGAUUACAGGAGGAAUUGAGACCAGACAGCACUCUGUGUGAUGAUGUCUUUGACGAAUCCCCACUUCUCCUUCAUUCUGCUGAUAAGGGGGGACCAUGCAGUAAUUCUAAGGACACAUGUAAUAAAGCACAAUUGCCUUCUGCCACUGAUAUAAAGGACCAGAACUGUAAUAUAAAGCUGUCCCAUUCUUCAGAUUACUGUCCUAUGUCCAGUCUUUUUACACUUGACUGCAGAGAAGUCUUUAACACAGAACAGAUGUUAAAUCCUAGUGAACACAAGGGAAUUUACAGCAGCUCACAGCCUCCUUAUCCCAGAGAUGAAGAGGUAACUGCACAGCAGUACUUUUUAGAAAGUGACAGUGAUUCAGACAAUGCUUACGAUGUGCCAAGACCAGUUGGUGGAAAGAUACAGGAAAAAGGAACCAACUCCUGCACAAAAAUUGAAAACUGAAUGGAUUUGACUAAAACAAGCUGGAAUGUCUGAGCUCCAGGAAUGCUGCCAGUGGAAUCACAGAUUAUUCCUAUUUUCUGGUGCCACACAUUUCUCAGAAAAUCCAUGGUGAAUUUACAAUCAACACCCACCCCCCUUCCCCUAUAAAAAGCAUAUAAUAAAUGCUAUAUAUUUAGUACACUUCAUGCUACAGGUACAGGGAAAUCAUUGGACACUCUUCUCACUGCAGAUUCUUCCAGGCCACCCAUACAUUCACAGUGGUAAUAUAACUGUUACCAGAAAUACCUAGUAGGCUCGGAAUCACAAUCUGUUGGUUCUGGCAAAUGCCAGAGGGGCUGCUGUAAGUUGCCAUAGACAGUCACUAUUUAGUGGGCUGGUGGGGGCUUUUUGGGCCUCUGUGUACUUGGAUUGCCAGGGCCUUAAAACCAAGUAGCAUUUAGGGUUGCCACCUUUUCCGGAGAAAAAUACCGGCCUUCCUAUAUAUUUAUCUUUUUUUCCCUAUUAAUUACAUUGGGAUCAGCCAUCAUUUUUACCGGCCAUGCCGCAACCCUAGUAGCAUUCCCGUGAGGAUGAACAUUAUUAUAGCCUCAUAACCAUUAGUCUAACCCUUACAGCCUGGUGUGUGGUCUAGUUAUUGAAGUGCCAAUAUUGGCACACACACACACACACACAUAUAGCGCCUGGUUCAGAUUUGGGUUAUUCCCAUUUUUCCCUGUUGACUUGAACUGAGCUCUCUCUCCCAGUACCUAAUGACAGCGUGUUUCAUGGGAUGCUGGGAUGUCUAGCUUCACUGAGCCCAGGAUUGAGAUUUGUGCAGAAGAAUCAUUAGUCUAACCCUUAUGGCCCAGUGCAUGAUCAUGAUAUUUACGGUAAAGGAGAAAUACUGACACAUGAUAUAGCACCUAUAUGAGCUUUUUUCAUACUCCGCACCCAAUGACAAAAUGUUUAAUGGAAUGCACCUAUGUGUAGUUCUACUGAGCUUUGUACAAAGGAAUAAGUGGCUUCAGCGCCCCUUAAGACCUAACAAUAGCAUAGUAAUGAGGUUACAUCCAGUUUUAUAGGCUAAGGGACCUUUUGUAACUACACAUAUAAUAAAAUGUUACUGCACAAAAUGGCAUUUAAGCAUUUUGCAGGCAGUGACUGUGUUUCUAUAAUAAAUGUAAACAUGGUCUUUUGAAA